GAGCUACUGCAAGAUCUUUAAAAAGUUGGGCGUCGCUAUAGAUAUUAUUAUAUGGAUGGUGCGGGAACCACAAGGAUAAGACAGACGGACCCGCCAAGCAAAUCAAAUCUUCCCUUCACGGCUUAAAAUGAUCAUCUGAAAAGCCACCUCAUUGUACCUUCAAUUUUCUUCUUUUCUUAUUCUUUUUUCUUGCAUCGUGCUUUCGGACGUCGCUAUUUUCGCUGGCAUUAUCAACAAAUUUCGUUUCUGUUUCGCUUAUAUUUCAUGAAAUAUCUGUAUCUUAUUUGCUGAAUUUUCCAGAGUUUCCUAAUGGAAAUUCAGGUGAGAAUGGAAAUAUCUUAUACUGUUACAACCGUAGUCCUAUGAAGCGAGAUAACUCAUAUUAAUCAAACACCCCAAACAUGAGAUGCAAGGGAAAAAUAUGUACACGCUGCGUUUACAUUGUAUAUUGAACAGUGUUAAAAGAGUUGGGCCUCGAGAUAAUAGGACCCACAGUGACGGCAAAAACUGGAAGGAGCAGGAGAACGCGGCCGAACGUGCGCAGAAUCGCCCGAAUGCAUGCAUCCACAUUACUACCCACCAGUCCGCCAGUACCAGUAUCCAGUAUCCAGAUCCAGUAUCCGUCAGUCAGUCGACUGCCGACCAUCGAUGUGGGUCUGGUCCAUGGAUGGGGCAUCAAUCACGGACAUGCUGGAACCGGCCCAAAAUGCGAAAAACUCAGCGUAUCCUUUUGUCGAGGACUGCGUUAUAAUUUGACGGCGAUGCCGAAUUUUAUGGGUCAUGAGGAUCAACGACAAGCUGAACGAGGGCUGACUGCCUUUAUGCCACUGGUCCAUUACAACUGUUCGAGACAUCUUAGGCUUUUCUUAUGUGCCGUCUUCGCCCCGGUUUGCUCAGAGCAUGUGGCCAUGCAGAUACCAGCGUGCAAGUCCCUCUGUCUUUCCGUAAGAAGGGACUGCGAGCCGGCUUUAACCAGUCUCACGUUGCCGUGGCCACACAUGUUAGAUUGCGAUCGUUUCCUCGAUCGUGGAAACACAUUGUGCGUGCAGCCACCAGACGAAACAUUAGAUGACAUUAAAUCACCAGCAUUGCCAACUAUUCAACAACAAUGGCCAGCGAUGCAUGAACAACCACUGCAGACCUCCACGCAAAUACAACAGCAGCAACAUCAAUGUCCACCUCAUUUUGUGCAGAUACCCAAUAUAGAAACGACUUUUUGUGCACCACGUUGCGGCAUCGAUGCAUAUUAUCGCGCAGAAGAUAAGAGAUUCGCUGAGCGUUGGAUGACCGGUUGGGCGUGGUUAUGUUUUUUAUCGACGCUUUUUACAUUGUUAACUUUUUGGGUCGAACCAUCCAGAUUUCGUUAUCCCGAAAGACCGAUAGUUUUCUUAGCACUCUGCUAUAAUCUUCUUUCUGUAGCUUAUAUCAUUCGGGGUGCGGUUGGCGCUGAGAAUAUCAGCUGUGCCAAUCAGGUUGAUGGACCAAGUUAUGUUCCAAUCCGCGAUGCCUUGAAGAGUAUUCCCUGUACUAUUUGGUGGUUAGUCAGGUACUAUCUAGGACUAGCUAGUAACACAUGGUGGGCAGUCCUAUGCGGUUGCUGGCUUCUGAGUGCCAAGAAUGAGUGGAGCAGCGAAGCUCUUCACAAUAUUGCAUCUUAUCUUCACGCAGCUGCGUGGAUUGUUCCGAUAUUCCUCACAGGAGGAAGCUUGCUGUCGCGCAACGUAGUUGCGGAUGAAUUAACUGGAUUGUGCCAGGUUUCUGAUGAGUCGGCAUUGUGGUUGGAAGUGCUACCGCACGCUAUGUUGCUGUUGUUGGGCUGUGUAUUUAGUAGUAUCGCUGGCAGCGCCCUGAUCCGCGUGCGAAAAGCCGUGCGUUGUGCCGGACGCAGCGCAACGAAACUGGAACGUCUAAUGACACGGCUAGGUAUCUUUGCAUUGUUAUAUGCAUUACCAGCAUUGGGCGGUCUCGUCUGCGUUUUGCACGAGGCCUCGGUGAAGCCACGAUGGCGGCAACUGGCACUGCUUGCCGCACUGGAUUGCCGCACGGCUCAGAACUGCACUCCAGGUCCGAUCUAUCGGGCCGCCGGUCUCGAGAUUACUCUUUUAAGGCUUUUUUUAUCUCUCGUAAUCGGUGUCACUUCGGGUAUGUGGGUAUGGUCUAGUAAGACUUGCCGCACCUGGAGCAAACUGCUCACCGCUCCCAGUAAGCCUAUUAGGAUGCAGAAAUCUUUUCAAAGCUUUAAGCAGGACGGCACUGUUGCUUAAGAACUUUCAAGUUGGAUGUCUAAAACCUAUCCUAAUCUAAUUUAGACAACAUCUAGAGAACGUCUCAUAAGGAAUCUGAAAUUUUAAAAAAUCUAGAGAAUGUCUCGCAAGGAGUCUGAAAUUUUUAAUCUUGCAGAUAUGUUUUAAAGACUUUUAGAAAUGUUUCCUGAACAUUAGUUUAUAAAAAAGAUAGUUUAUAAGAGAAAUUUUAUAUACAUAUAUAUAAAAUUAUAGGGAACGUCAGAAUGAUUAUGCUUUUGUGUAUAUAUGCUGUAUAUAUUGUAAAAAUGAUGUAUAUUCGAGAAGCUCAUAGUAUGUGAAAAAAUUUCUAUGAAUCUUUGUUUAAUGAAAAAACAGUUUACUUUAAAGAUCUUAAAAAUAAUCAUGUUUUGUGUGUGUUUUUAAUGUAAGUAUAUAUAUUUAUC